CCGUGACGCAACCUCCACCUAAGCUUGGCGAUAACUACCUACCUACCCAAUUCAUCAUCUACUACUUACAACCACGCCAACACCAAUGCUUCAUCACUAUUUCUCCAUCUCUCUCUAAUGGGAGACGUAUCUAUCCUCAAAUCUCUCACUAUUUCUACCUUGACAUUAUGACUUAUAAGACUGCGGCUGUUCUGGCAGCCCUGGCCGCUGUUGCCAAUGCAGCUCAACCUGAAGCGCCGACACCCGUCGCUGUUCCUAUGCGAGAGCUCGACUGGGGGCAAAUCAACUUCCUACACACCACUGAUAUCCAUGGCUGGCUCGGCGGUCAUUUACAGGAACCACAAUACUCAGCCGACUGGGGCGACUAUAUUUCCUUCACCGAACACAUGCAUAGGAAAGCUGACGAGCAGGGAGUUGACUUACUCGUUGUAGACACCGGGGACCGUAUUGAAGGAAACGGUCUCUACGACAGUUCAACUCCGAAAGGCAACUAUACCUAUGAUAUAUAUGGCCAGCAAAGUGUCGACAUCUUGUGUACCGGGAACCACGAGCUAUAUCAUGAAGAUUCCAUCGCUCGAGAACACAACAUAACGGUUCCUCAUUUCAAGAAGAAUUACGUCGCUUCUAAUCUAGAUUAUAUCGAACCUGAGACUGGCAAUCGGAUACCACAGGCCCAGCGCUAUAUUAAAUUCAAGACGAAGAACCAGGGAUUGAACGUCGUGGCCUUUGGUUUCAUUUUCAACUUCGACCGGAAUGCGAAUAACAGCGUCAUACAACGUGUCGAAGAUGCCAUCAAAGAGAAAUGGUUUCAGGACGCCAUUAGGGAAAAGCCCGAUCUGUUCGUGGUUCUUGGCCACGUAGGACUGCGAAUGCAAGAAUUUGAGCAAAUCUUCAAGGUCAUUAGAGAUGCCAACUGGUACACGCCCAUUGCCUUCCUUGGUGGCCAUGCACAUGUAAGAGAUGCGAGGAAGUUUGAUAGCCAAGCCGUGGCCAUUGCUAGCGGUCGUUAUUUCGAAACCAUUGGAUGGAUGUCCAUCAGCGGCAUCCAGAAGCAAACGAAAGAUGUCGUUUCCACCAAAGCCACCGCUACCUUUAAGAGGCGGUACAUUGAUAAUAAUGUUCUUGGGCUUCAACAUCAUGCAGGAGUAGAUAACAAUACUUUCGCUACUCCGCAAGGUCGCAAUGUUACUGGUAUGAUUGCAAAUGCUCGGAAAGCCCUUCACCUCGACCAGAAACUCGGCUGCUCACCUAGAGAUCUUUGGAUGACUCGUGCCAAAUAUCCUAGCGACACCAGUAUCUACUCUUGGCUAGAGACCGACGUGGUCCCAGAUUCCGUCGUCAACAAGGGCCGAGCCGACAAGCCUCGACUAACCAUUGUAAAUACCGGUGCCAUCCGUUUCGAUAUCUUCAAGGGCCCAUUCACAAAGGAUUCCACGUAUCUUAUUUCUCCCUUCACCUCCAAGUUCAGCUACAUCGCAGACGUCCCGUACGCCGUAGCCAAGAAAGUAAUACAACUCCUGAACAACGGAGGAGUAGUCUUCGAAGCAGGACUAAACCCCAAAUACAUGUCCAUACCCGAACAAAUGGCGCCUAGCCCCUUCCUCGGCAAAGAACCGGCUUCGCCUCUCCCCGCACGCUCCAAGUUCAUCGAUGGCCAACAACAGCCUCUCGUUGAGCAAGAACCAGAGCUCAUCGGCGGCUACACGACGAAAGACGACCUAGGCGAUGACGGCGACGACGCAGUGCACUCGCCCAUCAAGUUCUACAGCGUCCCCAAUUGCAUACAGUCACAAGCUGGAUUCUCAGCACCGCCUGCCGCGGAGCCUGAAGCCGUCGAUCUUGUAUUCAUCGACUAUGUGCAGCCAUGGAUCAUACCGGCGCUAGAAUUUAGUGGCGGCGAUUAUAGUUCUGAUAAUAUCACUAUGUAUAUGAAUUCGACUUUGACGGAAGUCAUUGCGGGAUGGGUCCAGGAGCACUGGAAGGAGGGAUGUUGAUCUCGCGUGCGGUUUCUUUUCGUUUACAAGUACACUGCUGUCACAUUUAUUAUAUGUGCAGAUAACUAGAUAUAUCGUGCUUUUAGCAAGGGUACGUAGGUAAAGCCAGUCGUUUCUGCUUGGAUUACACGGCGUUUGGGAAGGCGGUUAGGAAGGGAGUUAGUGAGUUAUUCAUUUAUAUAUGGGACAGCCUCAGUUAUGGAUACACAACACGUAUCGGUAUAUAUCACAUGCCUAAGUGGUUUAAAUUAUCGCAAUUGGCUUGUGAUUUGUUAUUUGGCUCGGCAUCCGGAAUUAUCAGUCGUUACGGAAUUAACAAAGAUCAUAUAUUACAAAG